AUGGACUCAAGACAGCCAGAGCCCAUUGCGAUCGUCGGGAGCGCUUGUCGAUUCCCCGGCGGUGCGAAUACACCGUCAGCUCUGUGGGAGCUGCUCAAGAACCCCCGGGAUGUAUGCAUGGACAUCCCGGACGAUCGAUUCAACACCACCGGAUUCUAUCACCCCGAUGGCAGUCACCACGGCACGACCAAUGUGCGAAAAUCAUAUCUGAUGCAAGAGGACCUGCGGGUGUUUGAUGCUGCGUUUUUCAACAUCAGCCCCAACGAGGCCGAUUCCAUGGACCCCCAGCAGCGGCUGCUGUUGGAGACCGUCUAUGAAGCACUCGAGGCCGGCGGCCACACAAUCGACGGCCUCCGGGGCUCGGAUACAGCCGUGUACACGGGCACCAUGGGCGUUGACUAUAACGAUACCGGGGUGCGGGACCUGAACACGGUCCCGACUUACUUCGCGACGGGCGUCAACCGGGCCAUCAUCUCGAACCGCGUCUCGUAUGUCUUCGACUGGCACGGGCCGAGCAUGACGAUCGACACGGCUUGUUCGUCGAGUCUGAUUGCCGUCCACCAGGGCGUCAAGGCCCUGCGCACUGGGGAAUCGCGCGUCGCGCUGGCGUGUGGCACGCAGGUCAUCCUCAACCCGGAAAUGUACGUGAUCGAGAGCAAGUUGAAGAUGCUGUCGCCGACGGGGCGCUCGCGCAUGUGGGACGCCGAUGCAGACGGCUACGCCCGUGGAGAGGGCGUGGCGGCCAUUGUGCUGAAGCGGCUAAGCGACGCGAUUGCGGACGGGGAUCACAUCGAGUGUCUCAUCCGCGAGACAGGAUCCAACCAAGACGGCCAUUCCAACGGCAUCACCGUGCCCAGCACAGAGGCCCAAGCUGCCCUCAUUCAGCAGACCUAUGCCCGAGCGGGCCUGGACCCAGAGCAUCGCCCGGAGGAUCGGCCGCAGUUCUUCGAAGCCCAUGGAACCGGAACCAAAGCAGGAGACCCCAAGGAGGCGGCCGCGAUCUACCGGUCCUUUGGCCGUCCCAACCGUGCGGAGGAUGAUGAUGAUGAUGAUGUCCCUCUGUACGUCGGCUCCGUCAAGACUGUCAUCGGUCACCUGGAGGGCUCCGCGGGUCUUGCGGGCCUGCUGAAGGGUUCGGCCAGCAUCCAGUCCGGAUUCAUUGCGCCGAACCUGUUAUUCAAUCGCCUGAAUCCCGAUAUUGAGCCGUUCUACAAGGGCCUGCGCGUACCAACCGAGUUGACUCCGUGGCCACAGCUGCCGGACGGAGUUCCACGACGUGUGAGCGUCAAUAGUUUCGGUUUCGGUGGGAGCAAUGCCCACGCUAUCCUGGAGCAGUACAGCGGAUUGCCGGCAAAGACCCAGGGCACCGCAGCCGGCCAAAGUGAUUCCGUGUUCACCCCGUUCGUCUUCUCGGCCUUGACGGAAGAGUCUCUCGUCGCCCAGCUACGCGCGUAUUCGGAGCACCUGAAGGCACACCAGGAGAUCGACGCCUGCGAUCUGGCCUGGACGCUGCAGUCGCGCCGCAGUCAACUCCCUACGCGGGUGGCCUUUUCCGCGAAAGACGUCGAGGCCCUGGCAUCCAAGAUCGAUGCGAAGCUGGCGCCAUUAGCACAGAACCCCGGAAUCGCUGUUGGCACCCGCGCCAGCUCCAAGGUGGCUUCCACGGCGCCCAAGAUCCUGGGCGUCUUCACUGGCCAGGGCGCGCAAUGGGCGACCAUGGGAGCGGAGCUCGUCCGCGCGUCUCCGUUCGUGGUCCAGCGGCUUGAGGAGCUAGAGGCGUCCCUCGACACCCUGCCACCCGCGGAUCGACCGGCAUGGCGCCUUCGAGACGAAUUGCUCGCAGCCGGCGACGCCUCCCGCAUUGGCGAGGCCGCCCUCUCGCAGCCCCUGUGUACCGCCAUCCAGGUCGUCCUCGUCGAUCUGCUGCGCGCUGCCGGUGUCACCUUUUCCGCCGUGGUGGGACAUUCCUCGGGCGAGAUUGCCGCGGCUUAUGCUGCUGGCUUCCUCUCGGCCCACGACGCCGUCCGCAUCGCUUACUAUCGUGGCCUACACGCAAGGCUGGCUGGAAAUGCCAGCACCGGCCAGAAGGGCGCCAUGCUGGCGGUGGGAACCUCGUGGGAAGAUGCGCAGGAUCUCAUCGACCUCCGCACAUUCAAGGGCCGCCUCGCCAUCGCCGCCCACAACUCCGGCGCCAGCGUUACCUUGUCGGGAGACGUUGAUGCCGUUGUUCGGGCCAAGAAGGUCUUUGACGAAGAAAAGAAGUUUGCCCGGUUGUUGAAGGUCGACACCGCCUAUCACUCUCACCACAUGUGGCCUUGCGGCGACGCGUACGUGGCCUCGCUCCAAGGUUGUGGCAUCCAGGUCAACCGGGACCGCAGGGAUAAUACCUCCUCCUGUGCCUGGUUUUCGAGUGUGAACCCGAGCAGCCAGGAAAUGGACCCGACCGAAGACUUGAAGGACGUCUACUGGCGAGACAACAUGACCAACGCCGUCCUCUUCGCCGAUGCCGUCAAGAACGCCGUUGCCAGCGAGGAUCAAAUCACCCUGGCCCUGGAGAUUGGGCCUCAUCCGGCGCUCAAGGGCCCGGCCACCCAGAACAUUUCCGACGUGCGACCAGCGCCGCUGCCCUACAGCGGGGUGCUCAGCCGCGGGGCGAACGACGUCGAGGCCUUCUCCGAUGCUCUGGGCUUCCUGUGGACGCAUUCGGGCAGCCAAGCGGUCGACUUUCAGUCGUACAAUGCCCAGGUCACCGGCAGUGGCCCUGAGCGCCAGCCACCGCGACUGGUGGUUGGCCUGCCAUCGUACCAAUGGAAUCACACGAGAACCCACUGGAAUGAAUCGCGCAGGUCGCGCAAGCUCCGUGGGCGCAACCAAGCGACGCACGAGCUGUUGGGAUCGCCGGCCCCCGAGUCCAACCCGCACGACCUGCGAUGGGCGAACGUGCUCAAGGUCUCGGAGAUUCCGUGGCUGGACGGCCAUCGACUGCAGGGCCAGAUCGUCUUCCCGGCGGCAGGGUAUGUCGCCAUGGCCCUGGAGGCAUCCAAGUUCCUGGCGGCGGAGAAUCCCAUCCGGCUGCUUGAACUCCACGACAUGUCCAUACCCAGAGCGAUCACAUUCGAGGAAGGCGACACAUCAGGUGUCGAGACGCUCGUUACGCUGACCGAGGUUCGACACUCCCAGGGCCAGCAAACCACCACGGCCAACUUCUCGUGCUACUCGCUGCCCGUCCUCAGCACCGGGUCCGAGCAGGAAAUGGAGCUGGUAGCCACUGCCACCGUCAACGUGGUCUUGGGUGGCCCCAGCCGUGACGCCCUCUCGGGUCUCCCGCUGCAGGACUACAACAUGUACCCGAUCGACGCGGACCGCUUCUACUCCACGUUAGACAACAUCGGAUACGGCUAUUCCGGACCGUUCCGGACGUUUUCGUCGAUCAAGCGCAGACUCGACCAUGCCAUCGGCCAGGUGGGCUCGUAUCCUUACCCGGAUGCUGCUGAGGCCACAUUCUACCUCGUCCACCCCAGCACGCUCGAUGUUGCCUUCCACGCAGGCAUGGUGGCGUACUCGGCCCCGGGCGACGAGCGACUGUGGUCUCUCCAUGUCCCGACAGGUAUCCGAAGCAUCAGGGUCAACCCGGCCGCGUGUCCCUCGCUGCCCACCUCGGGCUCUCAAGUGCCGGUGUGCGCGACCAUCGACAGCACUUCGGACUCCUUCUCGGCUUACAUUGAUCUCCUGAGUGAAGAUGGCCAGCAGUGCAUGGUCCAGAUCGAGGACCUGGCCAUCAAGCCCUUCGCCCCGGCGACGGAGGCGGACGACCGGGUGCUGUUCACGUCGACGAAGCUGGAUGCGGCGGUGCCAGACGGCGCUGCUGUCGCGGAAGGAGUCCGCCCCGCGGCGGUCGAGGUGGAACUGGCGCACGCCUGCGAAAGGAUCGCGUACUACUACCUCCGCAAGUGGGACAGCGAGCUGAGUGACGCGGAAUGGGCCAAGGGACAGCCGCAUCACCAGUAUCUCCGCAACUGGGCCAAGCGCACGCUCGACAUGGCCAACCGAGGGCAACACCCGACGCUGCGGAGAGAGUGGGUGGAAGACGGGCCCCAGCAGAUCGAAGCCCUGAUCCGUCGGUAUGCCGAUAACCUGGAUGUCAAGAUGAUUGUCACCGUCGGCGAGAAGAUCCCACCCACUGUGCGCGGCGAGACCACGAUCCUGGAGCACCUCCUCCGCGACAACAUGCUCGACGACUUUUACCAGCUGGGCUCGGGAUUCCAGCGCUACAAUAAAUUCCUGGCCUCGAUGAUGAAGCAGAUCACCCACCGCUAUCCGCAUACGAGGAUCCUGGAGAUCGGUGCGGGCACCGGCGGCGCAACGAAAUACGUCCUCAAGGAGAUGGGCGACAAGAUGGCGUCGUAUACCUACACGGACAUCUCCGUGGGCUUCUUUGCGAAGGCGGCCGAGAUAUUCGCCCGGUAUAGCGACAAGAUGACGUUCAAGGUCUUGGAUGUGGAAAAGUCCCCGGCCGCCCAAGGGUACGUGGAGGGCUCCUACGACAUUGUGAUUGCAUCCAAUGUGCUGCACGCGACGGCAUCGCUCCAUACGACCUUGGUCAAUGCCCGCAAGCUGCUCAAACCCGGGGGCUACCUGUUGCUGUUGGAGAUUACCAACAACGAGCCCAUCCGGACCGGAUUCAUCUGGGGCACGCUCGCUGGUUGGUGGCUCGGUGUAGACGAUGGCCGUCCCUGGGCGCCGACGAUUACCCCGGGCAAGUGGCAUGCUUCCCUGCGCAAGGCGGGAUUCUCCGGAGUCGACGCCGUCACCCCCGAGAUUGACGGCAUCGCAUGGCCCUUCUCCAUCAUGGCCGCGCAAGCUGUCGACGAUCGAGUGCAAUUCCUGCGCCAGCCACUCUCGGCGCGCUCGCCCAUGGUCUACAUGGACCACCUGGUGAUCCUCGGCAACAGAAGCCUCGCCACGGCCUGUCUCGCUGAGGAGCUGGCCGACCAGCUCCGCCGCUUCUGUGGCGAGUUGACCAUCUUGGAUGCGCUGCCCACCGAGGAAGAAGCCCUCGACAUCCCCCCCAUGACCACCUUCAUCAAUCUCGUCGAUCUCGACGCGCCCCUUUUCAAGGGCCUGGGUGCAGAGCAGAUGGACGGCCUGAAGCGCAUGGUCGAGUUGGCCAAACAUAUCCUGUGGAUCACGGCCGGUGCCCUCGUCGAGCAGCCCUACCACAUGGCAAGUAUCACCUUCAGCCGCGCCGUGCGUCGCGAGGCAGGCCACGUCAGCCUGAACCAUCUAGACAUCGCCGACCUGCAGCAGCCGGGUCUUGCAAAGGCCAUCGCCCAGCAUCUGCUGCAGCAGUUUGCACUGAACGAGUGGGAGACGGCCAUUGGCGGAGACGGCCAGCCGGAUCACCAGCAGAUGCUGUGGUCCAAGGAGCCCGAGGCCUUCCUGGACCGCGGAAAGCUACUGCUCCCCCGACUGAUGAGCAAUGUCGACCAGAAUGCGAGACUCAACUCGUUCCGACGUGUGGUCACCAAGGAGGUGCCACUCUCCGCCUCCAGUGUCUCUCUCGUCCCGCCCUCGGCUACAUCCCCACCGUCCUUGGUGGAGCCCGCCUGCAUCGCAACACCCCCCGGCGGUGCCCCUGGUAUUUCCAGGGUUGAUGCGUCCAGUCUGAUGGCGCUCAGCGUGUCCCCGGAUACAUUCCUCUUCCUUGCCACCGGUAAGGACCAUGCAACCGGUCGCCCGGUUGUCCUUCUCUCCACCACAAACUCGGUGGAGAUGACCCCCAUUAUCGCCAGCGUUCCGGCCGAUGUAGAUGCCAACCGCAGCAGCGAUCCUCCGUCCCAGGCAACGAGUCGCCUGAUAAUCGCCACUGCAAGUGAGCUUCUCGCGGAAUCCUUGCUCCAGCAUCUAUCUUCCGGAAGCCACCUGCUGGUCCACUGCUCGGCCCAAGAUCGAUUCCUGGCCGCAGCGCUUUCCCGUCGUGCGUCUUCCCAGGCAGCAGUCCGGGUCAGUUUCACAUAUGAAGCAGACGACGAGAAGGAUCUGGUCGACUCGUCAUGGAUCAAGUUGAGUUCGCGCGAAUCACAAUACGUGACGCGAAAGACGAUACAGCGGGCGAACCCUACACACUUCUUGGACCUGACGGCGAAGCCCUCUGCCACACCGGGCGACAUCAGUCUCCGCGUCGCUCGGGCGUUGCCCUCUGCUUGCCAGCGGAUUCAUCUGGCUUCGCUUGUGCGCGACAAAUCAUCAUUCUUACCUUCCCAGUAUGAUGCCGAGGCGUUGGCCAGUCUCCUUGGAGAUGCUUAUGCGCGCGCCAGAGUAUCAGAGGUUGCGUCUACCGCUCAAGCAGCGGUCCACGAUCUCGUCGUGAGCGUGGACCACAUCACCGCAGACACCCCUUGCCACACCACCAGUGCCGUCGACUGGCCCUCGGACGCGCUUGUCAAGGUCAACGUGCGCCCCUUGGAGGCCAGCGGCCUGUUCUCCAAGGACAAGACGUAUCUCCUUGUCGGCCUCAGCGGCAAGAUCGGACAGUCUCUCACGGAGUGGAUGGUGUCCAAUGGCGCGGGAUGCGUCUGCCUGACGAGUCGUCGCCCUCUGAUUGACGACCGAUGGCUCCGGUCCUUCGCGGGAACGGGUGCAACCGUCAAGGUCUGCUCGAUGGAUGUGACUGAUCUGCGCAGUGUCGAGAAUGUCGUCCAGGAAAUCCGAGCAUCCUGCCCUCCUAUCGGCGGUGUCGCCAACGGGGCCAUGGUCCUCCACGACACCCUGUUCUCCAAGAUGUCGACGGACAAGAUGCAGCAGGUCCUCGCCCCCAAGAUCGAUGGCUCCAACCACCUGGACCGAGUCUUCUACAAGGAUGAUCUGGACUUCUUCGUCUUCUUCUCCUCGGCCUCCUGCGUCGUCGGCAACCUGGGCCAGUCCAACUACGCCGCGGCCAACGGCUACAUCAACAGUCUGGCCCGACAGAGACGCAGACGCGGCGUCGCAGCGAGCACCUUUGACAUCGGGCAGGUCGCCGGCAUUGGAUACAUCGAAACGGCGGGCCAGGCGGUCAUGGACCAGCUGGCGUCUCUUGGGCUGAGACCGCUGUCCGAGACUGAUCUGCGUCAGGCAUUCGCGGAGACGAUUCGAGCCGGCCGGCCGGCCGCCGACGACGUGAACAGCACCAGCAUCCCCGACGCCGUGCUCACGACAGGGAUCCGCCACUUUUCCGAAGACGAAGACAUCAAGGGGCCGUGGUUCGCCAACGCCUUCUUCUCCCACUGUGUGAUCGACAGCAAGACCCAAGAGGUGGAUUCGCAGGACCAGGACAAGAAGUCCAAUAUCCCAGCGGCCCGGCAGCUCAUGAAGGCAACCAGCCGCGAACAAGCCCUUGAUAUCCUCCAAGAAUGUCUUGCCGCAAAGCUACGCGUCAUCUUACAGCUGAGCAGCCAGUCCAUAGACUACGACGCGCCGCUCGUCGACCUUGGAAUCGACUCCCUGGUUGCCGUGGAGGUCCGCUCGUGGUUCCUGAAAGAGGUGAAGGUGGACAUUCCGGUUCUCAAGGUGGUGGGAGGAGCUUCCCUGGCCGAGCUAUGCCAACGCGCAAUGGAGAAGAUACCCGAGGAACUCCUCGCAGGCGUCGGCAAGCCCGCAGAAGAAGAACCACCCAAGGCUUCGGCGCCGGUUUCCCAGCCACAGCCCCCAGCGAAGGCUCAAUUGCAGAUCCCGCUUCGGUCUACCACGCCCGGAUCAGGGCCCGCUUCGGAAUCCAGUGCCAGCCCGUGCUUGACUCCAGGAACGCCCCUGUUCACGGACGGCGUCUCGAGCAUCUCGAUCACCGAGGCGUCGACGAGGUCCGCCUCCCCCGCGGAAGGCUCCAAGGGCUCUAAGGAGGUGAGUUCUCCUGCCCACUCCUAUUUCCCACCCCCCCAGCCGGCGGCGGCGGCGGCGGCGGCGGUGGAGCGCCCUGCAAGAAGAUUCAUCAAGAGCGUACCCAUAUCCUUUGGCCAGUCGCGAUUCUGGUUCCUCCAGCAGCUGCUGGAGGACCAGAGGACUCACAACGUGGCGUACUACUAUCACGUCAAGGGUGACCUGAACGUGGACGACAUGGAGAGAGCCGUGCGGGUUGUCGCUACCAGACACGAGGCCCUACGCACAUGCUUCGUACCAGACGAGGCCGAUGCAGCCCAAGCUUACCAGAAGGUCUUGCCUAGUUCCCCGAUCCGCCUGCGCUGCAAGAAGAUCAACUCUAAGUCCGACGUUGAUUCGGAAUACCAGAGGCUGAGAAUGCAGGAUCUCGACCUAGCCAGUGGCGAGCUGCUGCGUCUGGUGCUCUUGACGCUCGCGCCAUCGUCCCAUUAUCUCCUAGUGUACCACCAUCACAUCAUCAUGGACGGCAUCAGUCUGCAGGUGUUCCUGGCCGAUCUGGAGAAGGCCUACAACGGCGAGUCUCUGGGCCCAGCACCACGACAGUACCCGGAUUUCUCCGCGGCCCAGCGCCAGGCCGUCGACAACGGGGGCAUGGAGGAGGAGUUGAAGUAUUGGCGAGGCGUCUUCCCGGCUCACGAACAGCCCCCGAUCCUCCCCCUGUUGCCCAUGGCGCGCACAAGCUCCCGAGUGCCCAUGGUAAAGUUUGACACCCACCAGGUCCAGCAGCGCAUCGAGCCCACACUCGCGGCGCGCAUCCGAGCCGUUUCCAAGGCGCAGCGAUCCACCCCGUUCCACCUGUAUCUGGCCGCCUUCAAGGCCAUGCUCUUCUGUUUCACCGACGCGGACGAUUUGACCAUUGGUGUGGCUGACGGCGCCCGCAACGACCCCAGCGUGAUGGGUAGUAUAGGCUUCUUCCUGAACUUGCUCACCCUGCGCUUCCGCCGCCAGCCCGAGCAGUCCUUUGCCGAUGCCAUCGUCGAGGCUCGGAAGACCUCGCACGCCGCCCUGGAGAACUCGCGGCUGCCCUUUGACGUGCUCCUGACCAAGCUCAACGUCGAGCGCCGCUCAACCCACAGUCCCUUUUUCCAGGCAUUCCUCGAUUACCGCCAGGGACUCCAGGAAAAGCAGGCAUGGGGCAACUGCCAGUUGGAAAUGUCAGACGAGGUCCACACCGGCAAGACCGCGUACGACCUCACGGUCGACGUGACGGACGGCGACACCGAUGCCGUUCUCAUGUUCCGAGCGCAAAAGAGUAUCUACGACUGGACGGCCACGCAGUUGCUGGGCGACACCUACGUGCACUUCCUCGAUGCUCUCACCAGCAAUCCGUCCCUCGUGAUGAAUGAUAUCCCGCUGUUUGGCGACGAGCAGCUGGCCGAAGCUGUCCGUAUUGGUCGCGGCCCCAAGCUGGUUUCGGACUGGCCGGAAACGCUGCCCCAUCGAAUCGACCAGGCUGCGCAAGGCAACCAGGACAAAGUUGCUCUCAUGGACGGCACAGGUAAGGAACUCACAUACCGCGCCAUGACGAGCCGCCUCGAGGCGAUUGCCGAGUCGUUGCACAAUGCCGGGGUUCGCGCUGGCCAGCGCGUGCUCGUCUUCCAGCAGGCCACCGCAGAUUGGCCCUGCUCCAUGCUUGCCAUCAUGCGUAUAGGCGCCGUUUACGUGCCACUCGACCUGCGCAAUCCCAUACCACGCCUGGCCGCCGUUGCCCAGGACUGUGAGCCGGCCGCGGUGCUCGUAGAUGCCACGACGCUGGACGAUGCGCCGCAACUUGGGGUGCCCUCUGCGCACAUCCUCAACGUGGCUGGCAUCGGGUUGGCGGCCUCGGCCCCUAUCGUGAACCAGGCCCGGGCAGACUCACCGGCUGCAAUUCUUUACACCAGCGGCUCGACGGGCGUACCCAAGGGCAUCGUGGUCACGCACGCAGGCCUCCGGAACGAGAUCGAAGGCUACACUAAGAUGUGGAAGUUGGGCGCGGAGCGCGUGCUGCAGCAGAGCGCCUUCACCUUCAACCACUCCUCCGACCAGAUGUACACAGGUCUGGUCAAUGGCGGCAUGGUCUACAUCGUGCCCUGGGAGAAACGCGGCAACCCGCUCGAGAUCACCAAGAUCAUCCAACAGCACGGCAUCACCUACACCAAGGCCACGCCGUCCGAGUACUCGCUUUGGAUGCAGUUCGGGGGCGACGACCUUCGACGCGCCGCGGCCUGGCGUUUCGCCUUUGGGGGCGGCGAAUCCUUAACCCCCGCCGUCACGCAAGAGUUCGCCGAUCUCGAGCUUCCGCAGCUCCGACUUUUCAACUCGUACGGCCCAACCGAGAUUUCGAUCUCGUCUACGAAGAUGGAGAUUGCGUACCGCGACCAGGGGGCGCUCGAGCGCAUGGGGCGCAUCCCGUGCGGCUACUCCCUGCCCAACUACUACAUGUAUGCAGUGGACGAGCAGCUGCGGCCGGUGCCCGCCGGCAUGCCGGGCCAGCUCUGCAUUGGCGGAGCCGGCGUGUCCCUGGGCUACCUCAAGAACCAGGCGCUGACUGACAAACACUUUGUUCCGAACCCGUUCGCCACGGCCGAGGAUAUCGCCAACGGCUGGACGCGCAUGUAUCUCACGGGGGAUAUUGGCCACCUCGAGACAGACGGUGCGAUGGUCUUCCGCAGCCGCAUGGCGGGCGACACCCAGGUCAAGAUCCGAGGGCUCCGCAUUGAGCUGACUGACAUCGAGAGCAACAUUGUGGCCGCUGCCGGCGGCGCGCUCCGCGACGCCGUGGUCACUCUCCGCGAAGGCAACCCCGAGUUUUUGGUCGCCCAUGUGGUCUUUGCGCCGCAGCAAUCUGCCGGUAUUGCCGACAGAGAGGCCUUCCUGCAGCAGUUGCUCCACAACCUGGCGGUCCCGCAGUACAUGGUGCCUGUCGUGGCUAUCCCUCUGGAUGCGCUGCCGCUGACCAACCACUCCAAGGUCAACCGGAAGGUCGUCCAAGGUCUCCCGCUGCCGCAAAGAGCCAGGAGCUCCGAUCCCGAUGAAGACGCCGAGAUGAUGAUGACCGAGACAAUGGCCCGGCUUCGCGCAUUGUGGCGGGAGGUCCUGGGCAAGAACAUCGACCAGCUAGGGCUCGACAUCACUCCGUCGACCAGCUUCUUCCUCGUGGGCGGCAACUCGCUCCUGAUUAUCCGCCUGCAAGCUCGCAUCCGCUCCGAGUUCGACGUUGCCGUGUCGCUGGUCGACCUUCUCGGCGCCAACACCCUCCGCCAAAUGGCCCGCAGGAUCGAGGAGGCUGCCACUGUCAAGGUCCUCGACUGGGACCACGAGACCACUCCACCCGUCGUCCCCAGCUUCCUCCAAGCCGUCUGCUCUCCGACGGGGCCCGAUCAAGCUCGAACGCCCGGCAAGACGAUCCUCCUCACCGGCGCGACGGGCUUUCUCUCCCGGUUCCUCCUCCCGCAGCUCAUCGCACGCCCAGACGUCGACACCAUCCAUUGCGUCGCCGUGCGCGACGCCGACAAGCUAUCCUCGUCGCCCAAGAUCGUCCCCCACACGGGGGAUCUCUCGCUGCCGCUCCUCGGCCUCUCCGAAGACAUGUUCCGCGACCUGGCGCGCACCGUCGACGUUAUCCUCCAUAUGGGCGCCGCGCGCUCCUUCUGGGACAGUUACCAUGUGCUGCGCGCGACCAACGUGCUCGCGACCAAGACCCUCGUGAUGCUGGCCGCGCCGCGCCGCGUGCCGAUUCACUACCUCUCCACCGGCGCCGCCGAGCACGACCACCCCCCCGCUGCCGACGGGAGCAACGGCUACACUGCGACGCGAUGGGCGAGCGAGCGCAUCCUCGAGCGCUCGUCGACCACCCGAGGCGUUCCGUCAUACGUAUACCGCUUCCUGCCCGCCGCCGCGCAGCGCAGCGCGCCCCCCGCAGUGCUCGAGGAGUUCCUGCGCUGCGCCGACCUCACCGCCGCCCUCCCGGACUUGCGCGGCUGGCAGGGCCGACUGGACCUCCUCCCCGCCGAGCCGCUCGCGCACGAGCUCUCCCGGGUCCUGCUCGAUACCCCGGCUCAUGCGCACCGCACGCAGGUCCGACAUUUCGAGAGUCCGGCCACCGUGAGCGGGGCCGAGCUGGCCACGUAUCUGGCCGAGCACCGAGGCAGCCGGGCUGAUCUCCCGCGCGUUCCGCUGCUCCAAUGGAUCGGUCGUGUCAAGAAGUCCGGCUUCGUGUACUUCCUGGCCUCGCAUGAGGCCACUCUGGACAAGCCUACCGAUGGUCAGGGUUCUGUCAAGCUGCAAAUGCACCGGUGA